GGGAAGUGAACGACCGUUGACGUCCUGAGACAAUGUAUUUAUCUGUACUUUCCCUCCUUCUGAACGACAACGAUUGAGAAAUUGACAAUUGACCUUCAUCUCACCUUCUGAGACCAUCAACAAAUCAAUCAGCCUUGUGUACUCCACUCAGACCUCAAGUUCCAUCAGCACAACCGCAAAAAUGGUCAUCAAGCGCAACGAACCAUGUUACGUCCUAGGCGUUGGCAUGACCAAAUUCAUCAAGCCCAGAGGAAAGGUUGACUAUACAGAGCUCGGAUACGAAGCCGGUGUAAAAGCUAUGCUCGACGCACAGAUCAAUUACGACGAUGUUGAUCAAGGAGUAGCUUGUUACUGCUAUGGCGAUUCGACCUGUGGUCAACGAGUCUUCUACCAAUUCGGCAUGACCCAGAUUCCAAUUUACAAUGUGAACAACAACUGCUCGACUGGCUCGACUGGAUUGGCGAUGGCGAGGAAUAUUAUCAGCCAUGGAGCUGCGGAUUGUAUGUUGGUUGUAGGAUUCGAGAAGAUGAUGCCUGGGAGCUUGCAGAGCUUUUGGAAUGAUAGGAGUAAUCCUACAGGCUUGACCGGACAGAUGAUGGCGGAGACUAGGGGUGUUACGAAUGCGCCUGGUGCUGCGCAGAUGUUUGGGAAUGCUGGAAGAGAGUACAUGGAGAAGUUUGUUCCCUUUUCCUCUCACUAGAUACAAAACUAAUAGUGUAUAGAUACGGCGCCAAACCAGAAGACUUCGCAGAAAUCGCUCGCAUAAACCACGAACACUCUCAACGAAACCCCUACUCCCAAUUCCAAGACGUCUAUACUCUCGAGCAAGUCAUGAAAUCCCCAAUGAUACACGAGCCCCUCACAAAACUCCAAUGCUGUCCCACCUCCGACGGAGGCGCCGCCGCCGUCUUGGUGUCGCAAGACUUCCUCGAUGCCCGUCCACAUCUCAAAGACCAAGCUAUCCUCAUCGCAGGCCAAUGCAUGGCGACUGAUGCGCCCAGUCUGUUCUCCAAAUCCGCCAUUGACUUGAUGGGUUUCGAAAUGACCAAGUACGCUGCUGCCACCGCAUUGAAAGAGGCGGGUGUUACCACGGAAGAUGUCAAGGUUUGUGAACUCCACGAUUGUUUCUCUGCGAACGAGAUGAUCACCAUCGAUGCCCUCGGUCUCUCGCCCCCAGGUAAAGCUCAUGAACUCAUCCGCAAUGGCGAUAUCACCUACGGCGGGAAAAUGGUCAUCAAUCCCUCAGGUGGUCUCAUCUCCAAAGGACACCCACUUGGAGCAUCAGGUAUCGCGCAGUGUGCCGAGCUGGUCUGGCAUAUGCGCGGAUGGGCGAAUAAUCGAUUGGUACCCGAUACGAAGGUUGCGCUACAACACAAUCUUGGACUUGGUGGUGCGGUGGUAUGUACGGUUUAUACGCGUCCCGAUCGCGGUGUUGUGAGUGAGGUCAGUAGUGUAGAGGUUGGCAGACGAAAUGGACUUAGGUAUAAUCCUGCGGUUGAGGCAAAGGGAUUCACAGAGAAGCAGGCGCAGAGUGUGAGGAGUAAGACGAAGAGUAGUCAGUGGGCGUUACAGGAUACGGGGAAGAAAGUUGAGAGUCGGUUUUAGGCUAGGUUAUGUUGGCUCUUGAAGACAGCGCGAUAUCUGGGUUUCGAAAUUGUAUGUACAUGAAAUAUACCAAGCUUUUCGUUCUUCCUAUUUGAAAUAUACCAC